CGUUGAGUUCGUAAUCAGUAUUCAAGAAACUCCUCCCCACCACGAAGUUUCGCACUCUGCUGAUAGUUCUUCAACAAACAAACAUGCUAGUUCGAUACCACGAAGCGAACAAAAUCAAGAACCAUUUCCAGACCUCAAGGGCGACGGUCCUCAACACGCAGCCUCAACAUCGCGACAACAAGGACAGCAAUCGUUUAGGAAUACUACCUCGAAUGCAGAAGAAGCUUUUUCUGACAAGGAGAAAAAUGAAGAUCAUCAAGAUCAUCAUGUAGAAGCAGCUUCGAGCUUGAUAAAGCGGUAUCGGAAGGCUUCUCCGGAUACUUGCUCUUCCGGUAACCCGUCAC